UUGUUCAUGUACGAUGUACGAAAUGAAAAUACGAUAAUUUUCAAAUAUUUAUUUUUAUUAUAAUACUGUGGUAUAUUGUGGUAGAAUAAUAAUCAUAAUAAAAACCUAACCUAGCAAUUAUCAACUUUUGAACAAAACCGAAAAUAAAUAUGGUAAAUUACCAAAAUAGAAAUAUGACUAUUAUGUAUUGUGGUCAUUGUGGACAUUUUAGAAAUUAGUUUAUAUCGAUUACCGAGUACCAAUGACAGUCUAUGUACCAUUUUCAUUGUUCAUACUUCAUUAAUUAUUCACCAUAUUGUGUCCAUACUGCUUCGUGAUAUUUCCUUAUUAAUAUUAUUCAAAAGUUUAACUACACAACUACACAAGUUUAUACAAUGAAUCCAGAAUUUUCCUACAAAUACAAUGGUGGAGAAAAAAAGGGUAUUCGAUAUUUGGUAUGUCGUGAACGGUAUUGUAAAGGAACAGCCAAAAGACUUGCUAAUGGCCUUAUUGUUAACCAAAUACCACAUACCCAUGACCCUAAUAAUCUUGAAACCGAACGGCUGGAAUCAAAAAAAGAGUUUAGGUCAAAAUUGAUUCAAAGAGCAAUUGAAGAAACUACAAAACUUCGAAUCAUCUACGAUGAAGAAUGUUUAAGGUAUUAUAAUAUUUUACGUUUAGAACUAAAUCGUGGUUUAUAGUUACAUAAAUUUACGGGUAUACGCAUUUAAAAGUAGUUGAAUAUGUAUACCUUA